AUGGGUUCAAAGAAUCAUGAAGUCGUACCGACACCUCUGAUCGCUCAAAUAGCAGGACUACGUCACGGGGGCAGUCACAAAUUACUGGGUGAGCUGGCUAGAAAAGAUCUUGUGGCCAGGGUGAAGAAUACGAAAUAUGACGGGUAUAGAUUGACUUACGGUGGCUACGAUUAUUUGGCGUUAAAGACAUUUGUGAAACGCAACACUUUAUAUUGCGUGGGAAACCAAAUUGGGAUCGGCAAAGAAUCAGAUAUUUAUAUUGUUGCCGAUGAAAACGAGAAUCAAUAUGUGCUGAAGAUACACAGACUUGGUCGCGUUUCCUUUCGGGCAAUUAAAUCAAAACGCGAUUAUCUUCAACACCGAAGAUCUGCGUCCUGGAUGUACAUGUCAAGAUUAGCGGCCAUCAAGGAAUUCUCGUUUAUGAAGGUGGACUUGGUCGUUUACUACGAGUCCCUCGGAGGUUCGGAUUCAUCCUAUUGUAUUUAUAGACAACAAAUAACCGAAGUGAAAGAUCCCGGGAAACUUUAUUCUGAUUUGAUGGAUCUUAUCGUAAAACUUGCACAGUAUGGCCUUAUACACGGAGAUUUCAAUGAGUUCAAUAUUCUGGUAAAGGAAAAUGGGGAUCCUGUGUUGAUCGAUUUCCCGCAAAUGGUAUCAACAUCGCAUCCGAAUGCCGAAUGGUAUUUCAAUCGGGAUGUAGAAUGCAUAAGAACCUUUUUCAGAAAGCGUUACAACUACGAGAGUGUGCUAUUCCCCAAGUUUAAACUCGAUGUAAACCGCGAAUUUGAUCUGGAUGUUCAAGUGGCCGCGAGCGGUUUCACCAGACAAUUCCAGAAAGAAUUAGAAAUGUAUCAAAACGAGCUAGAUGAAUCACAGGAUAAUGCCGGUGAUGAAAUGGAUGAUGAUCUAGACGAAGGUUCGGAAAGAGAUGAAAGUAAUGAUAAAGACGAUUCUACAGAAAGCACGAGCGACGAUAACACGGAAAACGAUCCGGGUGACCUUUCAACAGAUGAUGAAUCGGGUUCGGAUGCUGACCUGAAUCCAGAACCUUUGAAUAACCGGAGUUAUAAGGUUCACAGAGAUAUAAAAAAGGAUUCAUCAAGGUUACUUUCCCAAGGCACCAAGCUUACCGAGGCAGAUAUAAAAUCCCGAGUGUCGCAAUCCUUAAAGAAAAGGAAGGACAAAAGGAAAAAUAGUAAUUCUACGAGGAAUAGUACUAAAGGUAAAGAAAAAAGGAAGGCUAGAGAUUCGGCAAAGUAUGGUGAUAAGGAUUGUGGGAUCUUUGACUAG